AUGCGUCUUGGCAGCGCGCUGGCGUCUAUCAGCGCCCUGAUGUUUCUACUGCAGCUGGAAUACACACCGACAUGUCAGUGGGAGCUGUGUGAUUGUGUCAAGGUCUCUGCAGAAAAAGUUGUUUCUGUGUCCUACAGCACAACGUCAACAAGCUGCAAUGUCAGCUACUCGGUGCCAAAUCCAGUGCCACAGUUCGCUCUGUCUGUGAAUCGCUCGGUGAAAUCCAUCACUGUGACUGUGGAGCAGGGAGAGAAAGUGCACACCAGAUGGUGUUACCUGAGAAGCGAGUGCAUUGUCGAGUCACCUUCACCACGAAUCACUAUUGAUCCAUCUCAGUCUCGCUCAGCUGUUCUUCACAUCCCAUACCUGCUGCCCUGCGUGUGCGUUCAGGUAUAUUACACACACACAGACGCCCGACGAGAGAAGCAGUGUCCUUUUCAAAAGGAGACUCUCACAGAUGUGGAAGACGUGUGGCGCUCAUCUGAGGUCAUCAUGUACGAGUCAGUUUUGAAGUGGAGCUCUGAGUGUCCUGUCAGCAGCAUGAAUAUCUCCGCCCUCCUCUGCUGGAAGCAAGACGAGCACCUCUGCAUCCCCGUGCUCAACUCCACUCUGGACAGACACGAGAACGGACCAACCCUGAUAUAUAACACAUCCACUGUGGACAAACACCCUAAGAUGUGUGUGCAGUUUUCUCUACAAGGCAGCUAUAAUAUAUCUUGUCCUUUCCAGGCUGAUAUGUCUUCAUGGGAGGUGAACAUUGGAUCAGGCAGGCAGAGUGUGUCUGUAAAACUCACCUCUUUGGCUCCAGCAAAGUUCUCCAUUCAAUUUUGCAUCAUUAACCAGAUGAGAUGUUCACCCAUUGGCCCGGUGCACACACUAAGAAUGGAGAGGGAAACCACAGAGACCAAGUUAAAAGUGCCUGCUCACAUUCUUGUGCAGGCGCCCUGUGUCCAGGUGUGGCAGUCACAUCCUGCUCUGAACGGAAAAAGAAUUCUGUGCCCAGACUAUGCGCGCAACAGAUUUGGCCUGUAUGUGAUGGCAGCUCUGAUACUUGUGAUUAUUUUUGCUUUGUUUGGUUUUUUCAUCCACUGUCUCACCAGAAGUGGAGCUGCAGGCUGGCUUUGGAUCCAGAAGGAAGUGCUGCUAGUGUGCUCAUCAGAGCAGUCAGCCCACGUCUCUGCUGUGUGUGCAUUAGCCUCUGUGCUCCAGGAGGAGCUUAAGGCCACCGUGCACACGGCUCUGUGGGCCCAAAGCUCACAGCCCGGGGCCAGGACUGGAGUGGCAGAUGUGGGUCCUCUUCCCUGGCUGUACGGCCAGUGGGAAAGCAUGCACAAGGCUCAAGGAAAAGUGUUAAUUAUCUGGAGCCCCGAGGCAAAGACGACCUAUGAGAAAUGGAAGGCAAGAGAAAACGUGGAUAAGAGUGAGACAAAGAAAGAAAAAGGAUUAGAAGUGGAAGAGGAUUAUAAACUAAAUGGAAUAAGACUUGGAAAAGGCAAAAAGAAGGAGAGAGCUGCAUUCAAAGAAGAUUGUGUAAAAUUAUGUCAUGAUAAAGACUUUUACACACAGAGGGAACCCUGCUCGGUGAUAGCACCGGUGUUUGCAGGUGCUCUGGCCUGCCUGCAUGGGUCGCUGCAGCAUUGCAGAGGCCAAGGAGUUGCCAUUGUCUACUUUCAAGGCUUCGGCCACAGCAGAGACAUCCCAAAAGCCCUCAGAGACGUCCCUCGGUACUGCUUACCACAGGAUUUCAGGGGUUUGAUACAGGAGCUGGGAGGGAUGAAGAGAGGGACCAAAUCGAAGAGGCACUGUUGGCCCAGACUCAUGUCUAAAGUGCAGUCAAUAUGGCUCGCACGACAGCUGGCCCAAAGACUGCAAACACUGCUGCCGCGGACGCAAGGACAGAAAACGCAGAGUGUCACAUCAUCACAGAAAAAGAUGACAGAAAAGACAGAGCUGUCACUGGCUGCCGAUGAGGCGAGUCCAGAAACUGUCCAAGAACAAGAGCCUCUUCAGGGGUCACCUUGGACGGCAGAGAGGCUUUAAUCUCAAGUUCCGCACGUCUUACAGACUUUUGUUCUGCUGGAAACAUGAUAUGUACAUGAGAUACAGGAGCCGCCGUUCUGUUGUGAACACCUCAGAGCCUGUUACUCAGUAGCAAAUUUUCAUCACUUGACACUUACAUGCUGUUGAAAAAUGCCGUUGCUUAUCUUUUGCAUAUUGCAAAGAGGUAAAUGCUCCAUCCAUUUGCAUGUCCUGAACAAAUAUAUUGAGCCAAAGCAGUCCCAAGAUUUCAACUUGUACUGAGUCAUGCUUUACUUUGUGGUUUUUUAAGUCAUGUGUUAAAGUUUUUUUUACCUAUUUUAUCCUGUUAGACUUUAUAUACUUUACCAUUACAAUUCUGCUUCUGUUGCCUUUAGAAGGAUGUAUGUGGCCCUGUUUGUGUGCAGCCCUGUAGUUAUUAAUUAUAUUUUAGCAGAUGCUGGCUCCCUCAAGCACAGAGUAUAAAUCAGGCACCCCGUUCAUUAAGAAAACAUUAUUGAAAGGUAGGACAUGAAAAAUAUGUGUUUCCUCAAAGACUUAGCUUCCUGCAGAGAGAUAAAGAGAAAACCAUAUAUCAUUAUCUCAACUGCUUAACAGGAAGACGCAGCCAAUCACAGUUCAAACAGACACAACAACCAUUCUCAACUAAGGUCAAUUUAUAAUCACCAAUUCAUUUUACCCAGAAUCUGCACAUCUUUAGAGUGUCGGUAAACAUGCAAACACAGAAAGGCCCCAGGAGUUGAACUUGAAGUGAGGCGGGAGGGCUUCCCACCUCCAUGCCGCCCAGAGAAGAACAGUAUUAUUCAAAUAUUACCAACGGGAAAUAUCACGUAUGGACAUUACCUCAAAAGCAUUUAGAGCAAGAAAACCAUGACCAGAUUGGAUGCCAUCAUAGUUCAAUGGUAAACUUUCUGCAAAGCAACUUUAAACAGCACCUUGAAGAAAGAUUUGUUCAUCAUCAUUGAAUAUGAUUUUUUUUUUCAGUUUCAGUGAAAGGUUUUGAGCUAUUACCACUGUUGGCAUUAUACAUGUUUGUAUGGCAUCUGUAUUAAAAAAGCAAUCUCUGA